UUUAAAAUGCGUGUGCUGUGGUUGCUUGCCACUCUGGUGGCCCUUUCAAGUGCCGGCGUCCUUAAGGAUUCUCCCAAGGAGCGCUAUGAUAACUUCAGGGUUUACAAGCUGACUAUUCGGAAUAAAAUUCAGUUGGCUGCAAUCGAGAAAAUUGGUGAGCUGACGAAGAAGUACAAUAUCUGGAAGGAAUACGAUGAACGCUCAAGACAGUUGGACAUUAUGGUUAGUCCCGAGGAACUGGAGCACUUCCAGGAGCUUCUUAAGUUCAACAACAUCACCAGUGAGCUAAUGAUCGAAAAUGUGCAAGCUCGUAUCGAUGCGGAGCAAGUCACGACUACUGCAGAUAGCACUAGUUUUGGGUGGACGAAGUACUACGAGCUGGAGGAGAUCGAGGCCUGGCUGGAUGGAAUCUUGGCUGAUUAUCCCUCGGUCACCGAGGAGUUCACUGUGGGCCAGUCCUACGAGGGUCGCACCAUUCGCGGCAUCAAGAUCUCGCACAAGGCUGGCAACCCUGGCAUUUUCAUCGAAUCCAACAUCCACGCCAGGGAGUGGAUCACCUCGGCCAGUGCCACGUGGUUCAUCCAUCAGCUCUUGACCUCCACAGACGCCGAGGUGCGGAAUCUGGCCGAAAGUUAUGAUUGGCACAUUGUUCCCGUUUUCAACGUGGAUGGAUUUGAGUACUCCCACAAGAAGGAUCGAAUGUGGCGCAAGACCCGUCAGCCACAUGCCACGAAUGCCUGCAUCGGAGCCGAUGCCAAUCGCAACUUCGACUCCCAUUGGCUGGAGAACAGUGGGGCAUCCGACAAUCCCUGCAGCGAGACUUUUGCCGGGGACACGCCAGGAUCCGAGCCAGAAGCCAAGGCCUUGGUGGAGUACCUGACGAAGAUCAAGGACGAGUUCAAAGUGUACAUAUCCUUCCACUCCUAUGGACAGUAUCUGCUUUCCCCUUACGGACACACCAAAGAGGAAUUUCCAGAAAACUACGACGAUAUCCUGGAGAUUGGCAAGGCCUUCGCCGAUGCCAUAGAAGCAUUGCCCUAUGGUACUGUUUACCAAUAUGGAUCUACAGCUGAUGUGCUUUAUGUGGCCACUGGAACCUCUGUGGACUGGGUGUUCAACGAAUUGGACAAGAAGAUCGGUUACACGAUCGAGUAUCGGGAUAAGGGCCGAUAUGGAUUUAUCCUGCCACCCGUCCAGAUAAUUCCCAACUGCGAGGAGCUGAUGGUUGGCAUGCUGGCUCUGGUUGAAAAGACCAAGGAGUUGGGUUACUUGUAAUAAUACGUUUUAUUUGGUGCGAGUAAAUCAAUUACUCGUUUUUAUUAAAGUACCUCACAUAGGAGGCCAGCAA